CAUCUGGCCACACCCCGGGGAUCACUCAACAGCUCCGCCUUCUCGCCGGUGAUUGGCCGCCGGAACUGUAGCUCAGGAGAGGCACACAGGCGGCCAAUCACCAGCGAGGAGGUGGACCUUGGAGAGGAGGAGCCGAGCGGCAGCACGAAGAUCAAAGAAGAUCGAGUGAGGGAGCUGCCUGGGCGAGUGAAGAGAAGGAAGACAGCUGACCGGUAAGUCCAGAUGUGCUGGCUGUAGAUGGGAGAGGGAGGGAGGGAGAGCUCAGGCUGGAGCAGGGAUCAGCAAGGUAAGUAUCACUGGUGUCAGUGGGAG